AAAUCAAUAAAAUAGUAUAAUAAAGUUAAAAUAGCUUAUAGAUAAAAUCAACAAAAAGCAAAUUAUGGCACUUUUCUCCAGUGUUCAGUCAUCAGUGACGUCACUUCUGCGUCCUGCGCGUCACUUGCGUGCAGCCGUGCAGGCUGUAGCGUGCCCGUGCAGCCGUGCAGCGCACCAAGGAGAGGGCGGCUGCGUGCUGUAAGCGCAUCGCGCCCACGCGCUGCCCACUGAGCGCUCGCCCACGGAGCUCGGCCGAGUAGUGAGUACACGCGUUUAACUUUUCUUUCCUACUCAUUGACUGGCGCACGCGAGCUCACUUCCGAUGCUCGUUUUCCGCACGAACUUCUCAAAGCUUCGAAUGCGACAAAUCGCUUGGAAGCUCCGCGGUCCGUCGAAGCACUCGUCGGCCGCGCGGGGGAAAAAAAUUAAUAGCUUCGAUGUGAUUUGCCUUUCACAAAAGUGCACGAGGAGCAGCCUACUCACGAUACGAGACCGAGUUUAUAGGGCAAGCUGCGGGCCGCCCGCCGCCCCCGCGCCCCGCGAGCGAGGCCACGCGCUGCAGGCCAGUCAGCCGUCGCCCGUCGCCCGGGAGCCCCGUGCAGUCGCUCGCGCCAGCCUUUUCUCCGCGCCGUUCCGGAGAGACGCGAUCUUAGCCGCGAGUGACCCAACGAACCGACACUCGUUCAAAAGUUUAUAAUUGGAUGUGUAAAUCGAGUGAAGUGCGAGUGCCCUAGGAUAAGGAGUGCAUUGUUUGGAAGUGGUUUGACGGCAAUUCGAGCCGGUUCCGCGGUCGGCGCCGAACGGCCCCGCCGCCACCGCCGGUGCUUUCUAAACGAUCCCGAGAGCGACGGCUGCGACGGUGCUCCGUCUCCGCGACGGACACUCGGAGUGAACUUUUAGUGUGGCUUCGUGCAGAGUCCGCGCGCUGCGGCCGACGCCACGCCCGGGCCGCGCGCGCGUCGUCCGCCGCGCCGCCCCGCACGCGCCACACAUGAGAGCGCCGGCCGAGCCAUGGUCGGCGCGCGCGCGCUGCUGCUGCUGCUGGCGCUGUGCGGCGCGCGCGGCGCGGGGCCCGGCCCGCCCGAGCUGCGCUUCGAGAGCGCGCUGUACAACGUGAGCGUGCCCGAGAACAGCCCGCCGCGCACGCUGGCCGCGCAGCCGCCCGGCGCCGCGCCGCUGGGCGUGCGGCUGCCGGCCGCCGGCGCGCGCGUGCGCUUCCGCAUCCGCCACGGCGACCGCGACAAGUUCUUCAAGGCGGAGGAGCGCGUCGUCGGCGACUUUUGCUUCCUGCUGCUGCGCACGCGCGCGCUGCACGGCGACGUGCUCAACCGCGAGCGGCGCGACGCCUUCCGCCUCGAAGUGCGCGCCUCGGCCGCGCUCGACGGCCGCACGCUGGAGGCCGACGCCGCGGUGCUGGUCGCGGUGGCGGACGAGAACGACCUCAGCCCGCUGUUCUACCCCACGGAGUACGAGGCGCUGGUGCGCGAGGACGCGCCGCUGCACGCCAGCGUGGCGCGCGUGGCGGCCGAGGACGCCGACCUGGGGCUCAACGGCGAGAUCUACUACAGCCUGGCCGAGCGCACCGACCGCUUCGCCGUGCACCCCACCAGCGGCGUGGUGACGCUGACGCGCGCGCUGGACGCCGCCGAGCGCGCCGAGCUCCGGCUCACGGUGCUGGCGCGCGACCGCGCGUCGUUGCUGGCGCGCGGCGAGGACGCGCCCGCCGCGCGCGCGCAGCUGGUGGUGCGCGUCGCGCGCGCCAACCUGCACGCGCCCGAGCUGAGCGCGCGCCGCCUGCCGGAGCCGUCGGAGGGCGCGCCGGCCGAGGUGCUGGCCAUCGUGCGCGCGGCGGACCGCGACGAGGGCGAGGCGGGCCGCGUGGCCGCGCUGGAGAUUGUGGACGGUGACCCGCACGGCCACUUCCGCGUGCGCGCGUCGGCGCAGGCCGGCGAGUGGGACGUGCUGGCGCACCCGCUGCUGGACCGCGAGGCGGCGCCGCGCGGCUACAACCUCACGCUGCGCGCCACGGACGCGGGCCGCCCGCCGCGCGCCGCCUACCUGACGCUGCCGGUGGCGCUGGCCGGCCGCGCCGACGCCGCGCCCGUGUUCAGCCGCGAGGUGUACGAGGCGCGCGUGGCCGAGACGGCGCCGCCGAACACGCCCGUCGUGCGGCUCAAGGUGAGCGACCGCGACGAAGACGCCGCGCACGUCUACAUCGAGAUCGUGGGCGGCAACGAGGGCGGCGAGUUCGCCGUGAACGCCGACACGGGCGUGCUGUACACGGCGCUGGCGCUGGACGCCGAGCGCAAGGCGCUGUACACGCUGACGGUGUCGGCCGUGGACCAGGGCGCCGCCGCCGCGCGCCGCCAGUCGUCGGCCAAGGUGCAGAUCGAGGUGCUGGACGCCAACGACAACGACCCGGUGUUCGAGCGCGCGCAGCUCGAGGUGACGCUGGCCGAGAACGGCGCGGCGGGCGCGGUGGUGGCGCGCGUGGCGGCGCGCGACGCCGACUCGGGCGAGAACGGCUACGUGUCGUACAGCCUCGCCAACCUGCAGCCCGUGCCCUUCGAGGUGGACCACUUCUCGGGCGCCGUGCGCACCACGCGCGUGCUGGACUACGAGAGCAUGCGGCGCGAGUACGCGCUGCAGCUGCGCGCCAGCGACUGGGGGCUGCCGUACCGGCGCCAGGCCGAGAUGCGCCUGGUGGUGCGCCUGGCCGACGUCAACGACAACCGGCCGCAGUUCGAGCGCGUGGACUGCGUCGGCCACCUGUCGCGCGCGCUGGCCGCGGGCGCGGAGAUCGCCACGCUGUCGGCGAUCGACUUCGACGCGGGCGACGUGGUCUCGUACCGCGUGGCCGGCGGCAACGACGACGGCUGCUUCGCGCUGGACGCCGCCACGGGCGUGCUGACGCUGGCGUGCGAGCUGCGCGAUGCGCGCGCCGAGACGCGCGUGCUCAACGUGACGGCCACGGACGGCACGCACUUCGCCGACGCCGCCUCGCUCACGCUGCACGUGGCGGGCGACGGCGCCGGCGCGCUGGAGUGCCGCGACACGGGCGCGGCGCGGCGCCUCACCGAGCUGCUGGCGGCGGCCGAGCGCAGCAACGCGCCGCUGGACUUCGCCGAGGACUUCGCGGCGCCGGCGCGCCGCGGCGAGAACCUGCACCGGCCCGAGUUCGUCGACUUCCCGGUCGAGGUGAAGGUCAACGAGUCGGUGGCGCUGGGCACGACGCUGGUGCGCCUGCGCGCGCGCGACCGCGACGCCGGCUACGGCGGGCUGCUCGCGUACGCCAUCUCGGGCGGCGACGCGGACUCGGCCUUCCGCGUGGACCCCGACACGGGCGAGCUGCAGGUCAUCGGCUACCUGGACCGCGAGCGCGAGAGCGAGUACUACCUGAACGUGACGGCCUACGACCUGGGCCGGCCGCCGCGCGCCGCCUCGCGCCUGCUGCCCGUCACCGUGCUGGACGUGAACGACAACGCGCCGCGCUUCCGCGCCAGCCUGGCCAGCACGCGCGUGGCCGAGAGCGCGCUCAACGGCACCGUGGUGUUCCUGGCCGAGGCCACGGACCGCGACGGCGGCGAGUUCGGGCGCGUAAGCUACAGCCUGGCGGGCGCGGACGGCGAGUUCUGCGUGGACCGCGCGGGCGGCGCCGUGGCCGUGUGCGCGCCGCUGGACCGCGAGCGACGCGCGCUGUACGAGCUGACGGUGCGCGCCACGGACGGCGGCGGGCGCAGCGCGGAGGCGCUGCUGCGCGUGGCCGUGGACGACGUCAACGACAACGCGCCGCGGUUCGCGCUGGCCGCCUACAGCGCGCGCGUGCGCGAGGACGUGCCGGUGGGCACCGUGGUGGCCGUGCUGGAGGCCUUCGACCCGGACCUGGGCGCGGGCGGCGCCGUGAGCUACUCGCUGCCCGACGCGCCCGACGCGCCCGACGCGGCCGACGCCUCGCCCUUCAGCGUGGACGCCACGUCGGGCACGCUGCGCACGGCGCGCCGCCUGGACUUCGAAGAGAGACAGGUGUACGGCGUGACGGUGCGCGCCACGGACGGCGGGCGGCCGGCGCUGUGGGCCGAGGCCACGCUCGUGGUGGAGGUGGCGGACGUGGACGAGAACUUGCACGCGCCCGAGUUCGCCGAGCGGCCGGCGCUGGCGGCGCGCGUGCGCGAGGACGCGCCGCCGGGCACGCUGGUGCUGACCGCCGCCGCCGCCGACGCCGACCCGCCGGGCCGCGACUCGCGCCUCGCCUACUACCUGCUGGCCGGCUCGGGCCUGGCGCACUUCUCGGUGGACGACGCGGGCGCGGUGCGCACGCAGACGCCGCUGGACCGCGAGACCACGCCGCACUACUGGCUCACGCUGUGCGCGCAGGACCACGCGCUGGCGCCGCGCCACUCCUGCGUGCAGCUGUUCGUGGAGGUGGAGGACGUCAACGACGUGGCGCCGUGGCCCGAGCGCGCCGAGUACGCGGCGGCCGUGCCCGAGCACUGCGCGGCCGGCACGCUGGUGGCGCGCGUGCGCGCCGCGGACGGCGACGCGGCGCCGGCGCCCGCGCGCCUGCGCUACUCCAUCGCGGCCGGCAACCCCGACGGCCUGUUCGCCGUGGACGAGGCCACGGGCGAGGUGCGCACCACGGGGCGAGCGCUGGACCGCGAGGCGCAGGCCACGCACGCGCUGGAGGUGGCCGUGAGCGACGGCGCGCUGACGGGCUCGGCGCGCGUGCGCGUGCAGCUGCUGGACCUCAACGACCACGCGCCCGCCUUCACGCAGCGCUUCUACGACGUGCGCGCGCCCGCGCCGCCCGCCGACGACCAGGACGACGAGGCGGCGUCCGGCGAGGCGCUCGAGAACAGCUCGGAGGCGGAGGCCGAGGCCGAGGCCGAAGCGGACGAGGACGAGGAGCGCGGCGCGUGGGACGAGUGGGACGGCGCCGAGUCCGUCGGCGCAUACGUCACCACGGUGGCGGCGUUCGACAGCGACGCCGGCGAGAACGGCACCGUGCGCUACAGCGCCCGCGCCCGCGGCGCCGCGCGCGGCCUGCUGCGCGUGCACGCGCGCUCCGGCCGCGUGUACGCCGCGCCACGCCUGCCGCCCGCGCCGCGCCGCGCGCUGGAGCUGGCCGUGCGCGCCUGCGACGCCGGUCGCCCGCCGCGCUGCGCAGUGGCGCGCGUGCGCGUGCGCGUCGUGCCGCCCGGCGCCGGCGCCCCGCCCGCGCUGCGCGCGCCGCCGCCGCUGCAGGUGGCCGAGCUGGACGCGCCCGGCUUCCUGCUGACGCUGCUGCAGGCCGCCGACCCCGAGGGAGACGCGCUGUACUACGACAUCGUGGGCGGCGACCCGGACCGCCACUUCGCCGUGGGGCGCGAGGACGGCAGCGUGGUGCUAGCGCACCGCCUGCUGUGGGAGCGGCGCGCGCACUACGCGCUCAACGUGUCGGUGAGCGACGGGCGCGGCGCCGCGCACGCGCUGCUGCACGUGGCCGUGGUCAACGACGCGCACGAGGCGGGCGUGGCCUUCUCGCGCGACGAGUACGCGGCGGAGGUGUCGGAGGGCGCGCGGCCCGGCGCCGAGCUGCUGCGCCUGCGCGCGACGGCGGGCGAGGGCGCGCGCCUGCUGUUCGGGCUGCAAGCGGCGCGCGCGCCGCGCGACCUGGCGCUGUUCCGGCUGGACGAGCUGACGGGCUCGCUGGCGCUGGCGCGGCCGCUGGACCGCGAGGCGGCCGCCGUGCACGAGCUGACGGUGUGGGCGCGCGACCAGGCGCCGCGCGCCGCCGUGGCCUUCGCGCGCGUCACGGUGCGCGUGCUGGACGAGGACGAGCACGCGCCCGAGUGGGGCCGGCGGCUGUGCACGGCGCGCCUGCCGCGCGGCGCGGGCGCGGGCGCGCUGGUGGCGCCGCUGCGCGCGGCGGACCGCGACGCGGGCGAGGCGGCGCGCGUGCUGUACUCGCUGGCGGGCGACGCGGGCGGGCAGUUCUCCGUGGACGAGCUGGGCGACGUGCGCCUGGCGCGCGCGCUGCCGCCGGCCGGCCCGCGCGAGUACGCGCUGCUGGUGCGCGCCGCCAACCCGCCGCCGUCGGCGCGCGCCGCCGCGCUGCCGCUGCAGGUGCUGGUGGUGGAGCCCGAGGACGCGCCGCCGCGCUUCGCCGACGCCGCGCUGGCGCUGGAGGUGGCGGAGGACGCGGCGCCGGGCACGGUGCUGGCGGCGCUGGAGGCGCGCAGCGAGUCGGCGCUGCGCUACGAGCUGCUGGGCGCGCGCGGCGCGUUCCGGCUGGACCCCGCGUUCGGCGUGCUGAGCGUGGCGGCGCCGCUGGACUACGAGACGGAGGACUCCUACAACCUCACCGUCGUCGCCACGAACAUGGGCGGCGGCAGCGCGCGCGCCCGCGUGGCCGUGCACGUGCUGGACCGCAACGAGUUCCCGCCGCGCCUGCUGCAGCGCGCCUACCGCGGCCGCGUGUCCGAGGCGGCGCCCGCGGGCGCGCUGGUGGCCGACGCCGCCGCGCCGCCCGGCACGCCGCUCGUGCUGGCCACGGCCGACGGCGACUCGCCCGCCAACCGCCAGCGCGCCUUCGAGGUGCUGGAGCCCGAGGCCGCCGCGCUGUUCCGCGUCGACGCCGUCACGGGCGCGUUGCGGCUCGCCGCGCCGCUGGACCGCGAGCGCGCCGCGCGCCACAGCUUCACCGUGCGCGUGCUGGACGCCGGCCACCCGCGCCUGCCCGCGCACUCCAGCGCCGCCGUCACCGUGGACGUGCUGGACGAGAACGACUGCGCGCCCGCUUUCUCGCAGCCCGCCUACGCCGCCGAGCUGCUGCUGCCCACGGCGCCCGGCGUGCUGGUGCUGGCGCUGGCCGCCGCCGACGCCGACGACCCCGCCGGCCGCCCGCCGCUGGCCUUCGACCUGGUGGAGGGCGACGCGCGCGCCUUCGCGCUGUCGGCCGCCGGCGAGCUGCGCGUGGCGGACGCGGCGCUGGCGCCGGGCGCGCACCGGCUGCGCGUGCGCGUGUCGGACGGCGCGCACGCCGCCACGGCGCGCGUGGAGGUGACGGCGCACGCGCCCGAGCCCGCGGGGCUGGCCUUCCAGCAGACGGACUACUACGCGGCGGUGGUGGAGAACUCGACGCGCGCCGGCGUGCUGUGCGUGGUGGGCGUGCUGGGCGCGGCGCUGGGCGAGCACGUGACGUUCCGCAUCCUCAACCCGACGCCGGGCUUCGCCGUGGGCGCCACGUCGGGCGCGGUGCGCAGCACGGGGCUGGCGCUGGACCGCGAGACGCGCGCCGCGUACGCGCUGCUGCUGGAGGCGCGCGGCGGCGAGCGCGUGGCGCACGCGCGCCUGCACGUGGCGGUGACGGACGUCAACGACAACUGCCCGCAGUUCGUGGGCCGGCCGUACGUGGCGGCCGUGCCGGCGGGCGCGGGGCCCGGCGCCGCCGUGCUGCAGGUGCGCGCCGUGGACGCCGACGCCGGCGACAACGGCGAGGUGCGCUACGAGAUGAAGCGCGGCCACGGCGAGCUGUUCCGCGUGGACCGGCGCACGGGCCACAUCUCGCUCAAGCAGACGCUGGACGCGCACCAGCAGCUGUACGAGCUCACCGUGGCGGCCUUCGACGGCGGCGCGCCCGCGUGCGGCGCCGAGGCCGGCGUGGCCGUGCGCGUGUGGGGCGGCGGCGCGGCGCCCGCCUGGCCUGCGGCGCACGCGCGGCUGGAGGCGCGCGAGGACGUGGCGCCCGGCGCGCCGCUGGGCUCGCUGCAGGCGCGCUCGCCGCUCGCGCGCCCGCUCAUCUACACGCUGCUCGCGGGCGCGCGCGACCUGUUCGAGAUCCACUUCGACUCCGCGCCCGGCCGCGGCGGCGCCUGCACGCUGGUGGCGCGCGCGGCGCUGGACUACGAGACGGCGCGCGAGCACGCGCUCACCGUGCGCGCCACGGACGGCGUGACGGGCGCCUUCGCCGACCUCUUCGUCACGCUCGCCGUGCUGGACGCCAACGACUGCGCGCCCGACUUCGGCCGCGACGAGUUCCGCGCCACGGUGUCCGAGGCGGCGGCCGUCGGCGACGUCCUGCUGACGGCGACGGCCACCGACGCCGACGACGGCGCCGCCGGCGAGGUCGCCUACUCGCUGGCGGCGUGGGGCGGCGCGGACGAGCCGCCUUUCGCCGUGGACGCGCGCACGGGCGAGGUGCGCGUGGCGGCGCCGCUGGACGCCGAGCGGCGCGCCGAGCACCACCUGCUGCUCACGGCGCGCGACGCCGGCCGCCCGCCGCUGCUGACCACGGCGCACCUGUUCGUGUCCGUGGAGGACGUCAACGACUGCGCGCCGCGCAUGGAGCGCGCCGUGGUGGCGGCGCUGGUGUCCGAGGAGGCGGCGCGCGGCGUGGCGCUGGCGCGCGUGGCGGCGUGGGACGAGGACGCGCGCGACGCGCCGCGCCUGCGCUACGAGCUGCAGGCGCCGGCGGGCGAGCGGCGCGCGCUGGCCGUGGACGCGCGCACCGGCGUGCUCACGCUGCUGGACGCGCGCUGGGCGGCCGGCGCGGCGCCGCGCGCGCUCAACGUGUCCGCGUCCGACGGCGCGCACGCCGCCUUCGCGCGCGUCAAGCUGUCGCUGGCGCCCGCCAACCGCCACGCGCCGCGCUUCACGCAGCCGGUGUACGAGGCGCGCGUGGACGAGAACCGGCCGCCGCCGCAGCCGCUGGCCACGGUGGCGGCGCUGGACGCGGACGCGGGCGAGUACGGCGCCGUGACCUACUCCAUCCCGUCGGCGCGCCUGCGCGAGCUGUUCGCCGUGGACGCGCGCAGCGGCGCCGUGAGCGCGCGCGCGGCGCUGGACCGCGAGCGGCGCGCCGAAUGGCUGGUGCCCGUGACGGCCAGCGACGGCGGCGCGCGGCUGGCGCACGCCGCCGUGCGCGUGCGCGUGGGCGACGUCAACGACCACGCGCCGCAGUUCCCGCUGCGCGAGUACCGCGCCGCCGUGCGCGCCGACCGCGCGCCGCUGCUGCCGUUCCUGGCGCUGGCGGCGCGCGACGCGGACGCGGGCGAGCACGCGCGCCUGCGCUACUCGCUGUACGGUGCGCCGGGCGGCGACGCGGCGCUGCUGGCCGUGGACGCGCUGACGGGCGCGCUGUCGCUGGCGCGCGACGCGUCGGCGCUGGCGGGGCGCACGCUGCAGGCCUGGGUGCGCGCCACGGACGGCGGCGGGCUGGCGGGCGAGGCGGGCGUGGCCGUGCGCCUGCUGGCGGCCGGCGAGCGCGCGCCGCGCCUGGAGCCGCCGCCGCCCGCGCUGUUCCUGCCCGAGGACGCGCCGCCCGGCACCGUGGUGUGCGAGCUGCGCGCGGCGGGCGGGGGGCCGCUGCCCGCGCUGCGCCUGGCGCCGGCCGCCGAGCCGCAGGAGCAGUUCGCGCUGGACGCGGCGGGCCGCCUGCUGCUGGCGGCGCCGCUGGACCGCGAGCGCGCGCCCGACCACACGGUGGGGGUGGUGGCGGGGGAGGGCGCGCUGGCCAGCAUGGUGACGACGCGCCUGCACGUGCUGGACGUCAACGAGCACGCGCCCAGCUUCCACUCGCAGCCGUAUGCCGUGACGCUGGCCGAGAACACGCCGCCGCACGCCAGCGUCGUGCAGCUGAUGGCCGAUGACCCGGACGCCGGCUCCAACGGCGAGGUGCGCUUCGCGCUGCUGGACGCGGACGCGCCCUUCGCCGUGGACGCGCACAGCGGCUGGGUCACCACCACCGCGCCGCUGGACCGCGAGACGCGCGCCGAGUACCGGCUGGCGCUGGAGGCGCGCGACGCGGGCGGUGGCCGCUCAACGCGCGGCGCGCUCGUCGUGCGCCUGGCCGACUACAACGACUGCCCGCCGCGCUUCGCCGCCGACACCACCGCCGUCAGCGUGCGCGAGGACGCGCCGGCCGGCACAGUGCUGGCGCGCCUGGCCGUGGCCGACGCGGACGCCGCGGGCGCGCCGCUCGCCUUCUUCGUGGCGGCGGGCGACCCGCGCGCGCGCUUCGCCGUGCGCGCCUCGGGCGAGCUGCACGUGGCGCGCGCGCUGGACCGCGAGCGCGAGCCCGCCUACUCGCUGUCGGUGGCGGCCACGGACGGCAAGUUCACGGCGUACACGGCGGUGCACGUGGCCGUGCUGGACGUGAACGACAACCCGCCCUACUGCGUGCGCCACCGCUACCGCGCGCGCGUGCGCGAGGACGCGCCGCGCGGCGAGCGCGUGCUGGCGCUGCUGGUGCGCGACGCGGACGAGCCGGCCAACGCGCGCCUGCGCUUCUUCCUGACGGGCGAGCACGCCGACCACUUCGUCGUGCACAAGGAGACGGGCGUCGUGAGCGUGGCGGCGGCGCUGGACCGCGAGCGCGUGCCCGCCUACCGCCUGCGCGCGCACGCGCAGGACCGCGAGCGCGCUGCGUGGGCCUGCAGCUCGGAGCUGGAGCUGGAGCUGGACGACGUCAACGACAACGCGCCGCGCUUCUCCGCGCCGCUCUACAGCGUCACGCUGCCCGAGGACGCCGAGCCGGGCACGCUCGUCGCGAAGGUGCACGCCACGGACGACGACCUGGGCGAGAACCGCUCCGUGCGCUACUCCUUCGUGGAGGAGGCGCCCGCCUUCGCGCUGGACGCCGACAGCGGCAUCGUGACGCUGCGCGGCGCGCUGGACCGCGAGACGCAGGCCGAGCACCGCCUGCUGCUGCGCGCCGCCGACGCCGGCCGGCCCGCGCGCUCCGCCACCGCCACCGUGCGCCUCACCGUGGCCGACGUCAACGACAACCCGCCCGAGUUCGAGCUGCGCCUGUACGCGGUGGCCGUGCCCGAGCUGGCGGCGCCGGGCGCCGAGCUGCUGCGCGUGCGCGCCGUGUCGCGCGACGCGGGCGCCAACGCCGCCGUCACCUACGCGCUGGUGGGCGGCGACGAGCGCGACGACUUCGCGCUGCAUCCCGCCAGCGGCGUGUUGCGCGUGGCGCGCCCGCUGGACCACGAGCGGCGCCGCGAGUACCUGCUGACCGUGCAGGCGCUGGACGGGGGCGCGCCGCCGCUCAGCGACCACGCCACCGUCAACGUGACGGUGCUCGACGCCAACGACAACGCGCCCGCCUUCGCGCGGCCGGCGUACGCGGCGCGCGUGCGCGAGGACGCCGCCGUCGGUGCGCGCGUCGUGCAGGUCGUGGCCGACGACGCCGACGACGGCGCCAACGGCCGCGUGACGUACUCUAUCGCGCGCGGCGACCCCGAAGGCCGCUUCGCCAUCGACGCCGACACGGGCCACGUGUCGCUGGCGGCGCCGCUGGACCGCGAGCGCGCGGCCGCCUACGCGCUGGAGGUGCGCGCGCGCGACCGCGGCGUGCCCGCGCUGGAGAGCGCCGCGCCGCUGGCCGUCGAGGUGCUGGACGCCAACGACAACCCGCCGCUGUUCGAGCGCGCCAACUACAGCGCCGUCGUGCAGGAGGACCGGCCGCUGGGCCACGUCGUGCUGCGGCUGGCGGUGAGCGACGCCGACGCGCCGCCCAACGCCGCGCCCUUCACCUUCGACUUCCAGAGCGGCAACGAGAUGGGCGCGUUCCGGCUGGAGGCGGACGGCAGCCUGCGCUCGGCGGCGCGCUUCAACCACCGCGUGCGCGAGCGGUACGCGCUGCAGCUGCGCGUGUUCGACAACGGCACGCCGCCGCUGUACUCCGACGCCUGGGUGCACGUGCGCGUGGUGGAGGAGUCGCAGUACCCGCCCGUGGCCACGCCGCUCGAGGUGCUCGUCAACUCCUACCGCGACGAGUUCCCCGGCGGCGAGCUGGGCCGCGUGUUCGCGUCCGACCGCGACGCCUACGACCGGCUCGCGUUCGCGCUGGCGCCCGCCGACGGCGCCGACGCCGACGCCGGCGGGCUGUUCGCCGUGGACGCGGCCGACGGCACGCUGCGCGCCGCGCCGCGCCUGGACGCCGGCGAGUACCGGCUCAACGUGACGGUGAGCGACGGCAAGUUCUCGGGCUGGGCGCCCGUGCGCGUGACCGUGCGGCUGGUGUCGGACGAGGAGCUGGCGCAGGCCGUGGUGGUGCGCUUCCGCCAGGUGAGCGCCGCCGACUUCGUGCUGAGCCACCGCAAGGGCUUCGUGCGCGCCGUGCGCGAGGCGGCCGACUGCGAGCCGCGCGACGUGCUGCUGCUGAGCGUGCAGCCCACGGCGCGCGCGCAGCUGGACGUGGCGCUGGCCGUGCGCGCGCCCGGCGGCCUGCUGCCGGCCGACGCGCUGCGGCGCCGCCUGCACGCGCAGCUGGAGCGCCUGGAGGAGCUGACGCGCCUCGUGGUGGAGGAGCUGCUGCGCGCGGCGUGCGGCGGCUGCGCGCACGGCGCCUGCGUGGAGCGCGUGGAGCUGCGCGCCGACCGCUCGCGCGCCGUGGCCACCGACGUGUUCUCGCUGGUGGCGCCGCCGCACGCGCUGCGCGGCGAGUGCGCCUGCGCGCCGGGCUACGCGGGCGAGCGCUGCGAGCUGGCGGCCCCUGCCGGCGCGGGCGAGGCGGCGGUGCUGCGGCUGGCGGGCGACGGCUACCUGGCCUACCGCCUGGAGCGCGGCGCGGUGGAGGGCGCGCGCCUGCUGGACGACGAGCUGCUGCUGGCGCUGCGCUUCCGCACGCGCGCGCCGCGCGGCACUCUGCUGCACGCCGCCGGCCGCGUGGACCGCGCCGUGCUGGAGCUGGUGGACGGCCACGUGCAGUUCCGCCUGGAGCUGGGCGCCGGCGAGGCGCUGCUGCGCGCGGGCGGCGCCGUGGCCGACGGCGAGUGGCACAGCGUGCGCCUGGAGCGGCGCGGCGCCGCGGCGCGCCUCGUGGUGGACCGGCGCGCGGCGCAGGCCGAGGCGCCGCCGCCCGCCGCCGUGCUGGACGCGCGCGCCGACCGCGUGCUGCUGGGCGCGGCGCUGGAGCGGCACGCGCACGCGCUGGCGCCCGAGCAGGUGACGCUGGGCUUCGCCGGCUGCCUGGCCGACGUGACGCUGGGCGGCGUGCGCCUGCCGCUGGACGAGGGCGGCGCGUCGGCCGACGGGCGCGCCACGCUGCUGCGGCGCGUGCGCGCGAGCGUGGGCGCCGACUGCGCGCCGCUGCCGGCGCCCGACGCGUGCGCGGCGCAGCCCUGCCGGCACGGCGGCACGUGCCGCGCGCUGGGCGCCGACGCGUUCGAGUGCGCGUGCCACGCGCGCUUCCGCGGCCGGCGCUGCGAGCUGGACACGGACCCGUGCGCAUCGCAGCCGUGCCUGCACGGCGGGCGCUGCGCGGCGGCGGCGGGCGCGUUCCGCUGCGCGUGCGGCGCGGGGCUGGCGGGCGAGCGCUGCGAGCGCGGGCGCUGGUGCGCGCCGGGCGUGUGCGCGCACGGCGGCGCGUGCGAGGAGGGCGACUGGGGCCCGUCGUGCCGCUGCCGGGGCUACUUCGGGCCGCGCUGCGAGUACGACGUGGACGAGUGCGCCGGCGAGCCGUGCCUCAACGGCGCCACGUGCGUCAACGAGCCGGGCUCGUUCCGCUGCCUGUGCCCGCCCGGCCGCACCGGCAUGAACUGCGGCAACCCGCUGCACUCGGACGCCGUGGUGGCGGGCGGCGCGGCCGGCGGGCGCGCGCUGCGCGAGCUGUGGGCGUGGGCGCUGGAGGCGCGCUGGCCGCUGGCGGCGGCGGCGGGCGCGCUGCUGCUGCUGCUGCUGCUGGCGCUGCUGCCGGCGGCGCUGCGGCGGCGGCGGGCGCCGAGCGCGCCGGCGAGCGAGAAGCCGCCGCCGCGCGCCAAGCUGUCCAACCUGGAGGCGGUGCGGCGCGGGCGGCCGGCGUCGUGCGCCGCGCCGCCGCUCAACAACGCCGACACGCUGCGCUCGUACGGCUCGGCGGGCGACGAGCUGGAGGGGCUGCCGCCCGACUACCUGCGCAACCUCAACGUGCGCGCCGAGCCCAAGCCGUGGUCGGAGCAGAUGCACCUGCACACGUUCGCCGACCGCAAGAUCUACAACGACCUGAAGGGCGCGGGGCUGCGCGCGCGCCCGCCGGCGCCGCCGGGCGAGCCGCACCUGCUGGGCGGCUACCACUGGGACUGCUCCGACUGGUGCGGCGGCGGCGGCGCGCUGCCCGGCAUCAGCGAGGUGGCGGGCUCCGAGCGGCCCGACUCGUCGUCGCCGCCGUCGCCGCGCUCGCCGCGCCGCACCAGCGACUCGGCCAGCGACGAGCGCGACGAGCGCGACGCGCGCGCGUACACGGACGCGUCGUCCGGGCUGCUGACGGGCGACGACGCGCCGGCCGACGCGCUGCGCGCGCGCACGCUGCGCUCGGCUGACGCACACAGCCUGCUGACGCUGCUGGAGGAGCGGCACUCGCUGCUGGCCGGCUCGGGCAGCGAUCUGUCGGCGCGCCUGUGCGAGAUCGAGGACUCGGAGGCGGAGGAGGAGGCGCCGGCGCCGCCGCCGCGCGCGGCCGUGUGACGGGGGCGCGAGGCCGCCCGCGCGCGCGGCCUCUAGUGCAGUGCUGGGCCAGUGGUGAACUGAACUUGUAAAUAUUGUACGUAUGUAUAUAUGGUAGCUAGGGACGUAUCGUGACUGGUGCUCGACUGUAGUUUCAUAUCAUGACUCUGAAGUGCGCAUUGCCGACUCUACCGUAGGCUAGCCGUCAUUAAAGAAUCUAUUUUUGUAUGUGUGCAGGCGACCGACCGGUCGGGUCGCCGAGUUCGUUCGCGACAAUCGAGCGCGACGAGGUUAUUAUUUAUUUUACUAUUGUUAUACCUAAGUUUGAACGCGAUCAUGAAGUGAAUAAAAGUACAAGUACUGUG